AUGUCUACCCCUAUCGUCUUUAUUACCGGUGCCAAUACUGGUCUCGGCCUAGAAAUCGUCAAAGCUUUGUUUCGAUCCUCCAAGGCAUAUACAAUUCUGCUUGGAGGGCGCAGCAUAGAGAAUGCCGAGGCCGCAGCGUACCAGGUACGGGAGGAGUACCCCAACAGUAGUGCAAUUGCCGUACCGAUACAGAUCGACAUCGAAGACGAUGAGUCGAUCGAGAAGGCGUGUGACUACAUUCGCAGCCAUUAUGCGCGAGUGGACGUGUUGAUCAACAACGCAGGCGCUUCCUUUGACCAGCAAUGGAAUCGAAAUGGCGCACCGACGAUGCGAGAGAUUUGGAAUCGCUCGUGGGAUGUCAAUACAACGGGGACUCACAUUCUGACUUACACCUGCGCACCACUUCUGCUCCAAUCGGCCGACCCUCGACUCCUCUUCAUCACCAGUGGUACAUCUACUCUGGGCGAGAGUGAUAACCUUGCGUUAGGAAUCAAUCGGUCUCCGGAGAAAGGGUGGCCUAAAUCGAGUCUUCUGAUCCCGGCCUACCGGUCCAGUAAGACUGGUAUGAAUAUGAUGAUGCGCGAAUGGAGGCGUAUUUUGAAUGAAGACGGAGUCAAGACAUGGUGUGUAUCGCCGGGGUUUCUGGCGACAGGACUAGGCGGCGAUCAGGAAAUGAAUCAACGGAUGGGGGCGAUUGAUCCGACGAUUGGCGCGGAGUUUGUGCGGGAUGUUGUGGAGGGGGCGCGGGAUCAGGAUGUUGGGCAAGUCAUUCGUCGUGAUGGUAUUCAGCCGUGGUAG